AUGGCCCCAACACUGCACAGAAAAUUGUUUGACAAAACUCCACAGCGCACAGACGAUGAGAGGCUUCCCCCUCCAACCCAGAGCUCCAAAAGUUCAGAGACACUUGUGACUGAGGGUUCUGAUACUGAUAUCUAUAAGAAACCCUCGAGUGCCGAAGAAAAGGGCCGCAACAAACUCGAUAUCAAGACCAGCUGCGUCCAGAUUUGCCCUCAUGAAACACUAACAUUCGAACGCAUGAAGCGGAUUGUCCACCUGCCAUACUUCAGGUACAGCGGAGACAAGGUUGAUGGAUUUACUAACGGCUUUGGUCCCUACCAUGUGUCGUCAGUGGUGGGAAAUCACCUGUGCAAGCCACAUCCAAAUCGCUUUAGCUCUCUCAAAGCGAACAGCUUUUACAAAUACCAGCGGGGCUAUGAAGGAAGUUACGACGGUCUCUUGUUAUGCGUCCACUGGACGAUGAGUUUCGACGACCACAUGGAUGUUGCGAGUUCCGUUUCCGACUUUCAAAGGUUCUUAGACAUAUUGGACAUACGCCUCUGCCAGCACACGAAGAUGAGUGAUUCUAGGAUCGCCGCAAAACUUUAUAAACUUUGCGAUUCAAGUCGUAUGGCCCGGGACCCUGUGGAGGCCUAUGAGGAAGGGUAUCGUGGCUGCAUAACCGAGAGAUGUAAAGAAUGUCACACGACAUUCGAAACCUAUAAGGAGGGGGAGUUCCGCAUACGAGAAGCGGUGGUUGGCUCAAUGUGGUGA